AAAAAAAAAAUGAACUUGGAGUAUGUGCUAUUGAACCUUUUUUUGUGUGGUAAAAUAGAAAUGGGAGGAACAAGUCUGGUAGGCACAAAAGUGUUGUCAGUUGUUUAAAAUGGUUAUUCAGAACCUUGCCUGUGUAGAUUUUUUCUGUGUAGAAACCUGUGUAGACAACUUUAUACCAUUAAGAAUGUGAUUAUUUCAUACAAAGAAAGCUGUUCACUGUAUCAAAGUUAUAUGGUGAGUAUUUCAUAUUCAUCAAAACGGCUACAUCAAGGACACACAAAUCUGGCCUUUAAAGACCUGUAUAAUUUCAAGUGUUCAUUAUUCCCUUCUAAUCAGAGGCUGCUUUAGACCUGGAACACCAGGUCAGUAGAAUCUGUCCCACCGGUGAGGUAAAUCAGUCAGACUAGCAGGUAGAAAGGUAGAGCAGCUGAACCGUUUGCCUUGAGGGAAAGAUAUGAGUGUCCCUGAGCUAGCCUCCCAAGUAGUCAGUUCCUCCUCCAUAAAUGACUGUAAGCAUGGAAAUCCAUUGUGUGUAUUUUUUAGAGCAUAAAAUUUGGUUCAGUGGGACUCAUCCUCCUGUUAGCUGCCUAAAUGUUGCUAAGUACCCAAAUAAAUUAUCCCCUACCUGCUAUCAUUAAACCAGUCAUCACUGGAAGAGUGCUAAACAAAUUGAUUUAAUAUCCACCAUAACCUUGCACGCAGUCUUAACGCAUUAAUUAAUCCCAAUGAAUUAACACUUCAUUUGUUCCAAUGCGCCACAGUUCAUGAAUUAAAUUUUCAUGCAGUGAUUAAAGGCUUGUGAAAUAUACAUGAUAUAGUUAAAUUUUCAUAAUAAAUCAGGGCAUUGUGCAAUGCGGCCGUGGUUUCUGCCAGCUGUGUGCACGGUCUUGACCAGGGACCGGAAGUUCCAGACCUGGGCCUGCUGGAUUUUAAGGAUUGGAUUACACCUGGCUUUACACAUCGGUUUUCCUGUUAAGGUGGUUUAGGCCUGGAUUCAGUCAACAUUUGUCGUUAUCCUUGCCUUAAAAUAGCCACACAUUUCCCCCUCCCCUGCCACUUUUGUUUACUUACAAUUCUUCAUUUGCUUGGUAGCUGAUGAACUCAGAAGCAGUGUUCAUGAAGUGCUGACUCCUGCACUUAUUUAAAUGGCAACAAUGUUUUAUAGCGGUCUCAAACCCAGUCAUUUUGCAAAGAAUGUAUCCAGGGUUAACAAUAUAUUUUAAAGUAAGUACAACAAAUAGUAUUUUUGGUAUGAACCAACAGGAAGCAAACAGGGUAAUGCAUAAGAAGUCAUAAAUAAUAUUUUCCAAAAAAAUAAACUAUCAGGUUUAGUGGAUGAAGUACUGUUGAGUGACACAUUUUGAGAUGAAAGGUUUAGCACUGGGGUAGUCAUGACCAAUAGCAAUUUGUUUAAUUUGAAGUGACGCCUUGUCAUAGCCAUCAUUGAACUUUUCAAACAUUAAUGUUAAAGCUGCCAUCAGCUCUGGUGCUUCUGUUUGCAUGUUAGCUUGGUAGCUAUUACAGAUUUUUUUUUUUUUCCUCAGAAGUGUGGAGACACUACUGUCUCUAAGAAUUAAGAAAGGUUUCGGUAGAGUUGCAAUGCAUUAGACCCUCCGGUGAUGUGUUGCCUCCUCUGCCUAAUUUACCUGCCUAUUUUGGUAGCUGGCUUUACUUCUAACUUUUCCUCAGCGUGUAUAUUGCCUGUGGUACGCAGUAUGGUUAAACUCAACCCAUAGUUCAUCAAUAGCCUGGGUGCAUUGUUACACAAAACAAAGCUCAUAGCUCAUAACAGUAUGACCCAAAAUGGCUCUGACCUCAGCCACUGAAUGGUGGUUUAUUAUGAGAUAUGCUGCUUAUUUUUGGGUCUGGCUCUCUGUGAGGUAACUAUAUCACCGCUUACAUUUUACAGUUCAAGCGUUUGGCAUAUGCCGUUAUGAAGAGCAAUUUAAAUUUUACAUGCUAUUCAUUUAUGCAGCUUGGUAUUUACUGAAGUAAUUCAGAUUAAUUUCCUUGCUCAGUGGUACAAUGGCAGUCCCCCAGUUUGGAAUCAAAACCUCAACCUAUUAGUUGCAAGCCUAGAUCCCUAACCCUGCUGCACAAAUUGCAUUUGGUCAAACAUCAUGUAUCUGUGGAGAAAUUCACCUGGCAGGUGUUUUAAAUGAUUACUAUGUUUUUAAUACUUAAAGAUGCUCCUGGUCUGGACCGUGCCAUUUUUGCUGACUGGAAAAAAAAAAAUUACCCUUCUGAGCUGACUCUCACCAGUUGAUUUUUACUUUUGUGAACUCAAGUCUGGAUUCCGUCAACAUUCGAUGUUUGUCGAAACUGAGUGAGCUUCUUCCCACAACUUUUAGCAACAAGUGUAAGAAUAUAUUUGAGUUUUCUGAGAAAAUAUGUGCUCCUGUGCACUGAUAUUAAAAUAUGUUGUAAUAGUAUAAUAUUUAGUAAUUGAAAAACUUGUAUGAUACAUUUCUGAAGGUGAUAUACACAUCUGCAUAGUUUCACAUUUAUGUAAGUGUGCACUCAUGUUAAAAUAUAACUGCAGAUCUGUUAACUAACUACGUUUUUUUUUUUUUCAAUCAAUGCGAUUGCAUCCCCGAGAUAUGUGUUCUUGCUCAGCGUUUAAUGUGACGUUAUGUGACUUUAUUCGAAUUGGUAUAGGCUACUAAAAGAGGUUACAUUUUUUGAAAGGUCAGUAGAAAGUAAUUGGGGAAAUAUUUUAUGUCCAGGCACAGUAUGUGAAAUGAAACUAAUAAAAACGCAUACAUUAGAAGGCAACGUUGACACACUUAACUGUCAGCUGAUAUUAAGACGGCAUAGUCUCUUAUGACAUUGAAUUGGAAUACACUUAAAAACCGUUGCUGCGCAUUGACAUGCACUUUCAUUUGUCGUUGUUUGAUAUCGGCCAUUUUAAAAUAUUAGAGUGUCCCGGUAGACAUUGUUCAUUCAGCACAUUUCUGAAUUGAUUUGAACUAUUCGUAAUUCUAAGUAGUCUACCCUGUUCUGUAAUUUCAGUAAUCUGUGUUGUAGGGUAUUAUUUUUAAGAUCUUAGUGUAGUUAUUGUGUAGCAUCAGCUGAAGUAGGACCAUUAAUUUGUUUCAAAUGUAUUUAGUUAUUUAUUAAUUUGUUAUUGUUGUUGUUGUUGUUGUUCAUAGUAAUAGUAGUAGUAGUUGUAGUAGUAGCGUGAUUUAUUAUCGGCUUUCUAAGCCAUCUGGAGAUUCAAAAAAAUAUUUCUUUCUUUCUUUAUUCAUUCAUUUGCUCUAUCCAUAUUGUACAUUUGAAUAGUUCGUUACCCUACAUUGACACAAUCAGGAAUUUGCACUGGUGCCUUAUGUUGUUUCAGUGUUGCGUGAGUGUUAACAGAUUUAGGAAAAACAGUGUAUAGCCUAUGCCACAAAUACAAAAUGCAAAUGCUUACAAAGUCUAGAAAUUAACAAAAUUAGCAAAUAAAAUUCACUGACAAUAAAAAGAAGAAUUCCCGAAAAACGGCACGCCUGCAGUGGGAUCCACAGGUGUUCAACCCUCGCAUUGUUGAUAGCGUCAGUUCUCUCAAUGAGAACCUCGUGCUCCAGUACGUGAUGAAUAGGCAAGAGGCGGCCGGGGCUUGAAUAGCCUGUUAUCUGUCAGACCCUACAGUUCAAUGUCUCGCGAGAGAAGCCGCGCUCGCUUGACGAGAUCUGAGGGGCUCAGGUGUAAGCGCUCCUCUCAUCCCAGUAGUAGGAAACGGCAGACGGAUAAGCGCGACUGAGAGUCUACAGCCAGCACCGUAUGAUCUUCAGACUCAAAGCUGCACUCAACCGCUACAAGCUAUUGCAUCAUUACUGGACAAACCAGGACCGCAAUUUUUGUCCAUCUCUCUCGCUCUGUCCCUUCAUCUGGUGCACUUUAAUUAUUUCAAGAAGCCGCAAAAAUGAUGUCCAUGAACAGCAAACAACCCCAUUUUGCCAUGCAUCCGACCUUACCUGAGCACAAGUACACCACCCUGCAUUCCAGCUCCGAGGCAAUACGAAGAGCCUGCCUACAGACUCCACAGUUGCAGAGCAACAUCUUCGCCAGCCUGGAUGAGACUCUACUGGCGCGUGCUGAGGCUCUCGCGGCCGUGGACAUCGCAGUGUCCCAGGGCAAGACCCAUCCAUUCAAGCCCGACGCGACGUACCACACGAUGAACAGCGUGCCCGUGCCAUGCUCCUCGACCUCCACCGUGCCACUUGCCCACCACCACCAUCACCACCACCACCACCACCACCAAAACCUGGAACCUCCGGACCUCAUGGACCACAUCAGUUCGCCUUCGCUGAGUCUCAUGACCGGCGGGCACGACGGUGUCGGAGGCGGCGGAGGAGGCGGUGGAGGGGGCUUGAUUUCUACUUCUGCACACCCGCAUUCACACAUGCACGGCUUAAGCCACCUCUCCCACCAGGCUGCUAUGAACAUGAAUUCACCUCUCACUCACCAUGGGCUUUUGCCCGGCCACCAUGGCGGAGCACAGAGCGCUUCUGGACUCACGAAUAACGGACUCCCCUCCAUCAACGAUUCGGACACAGAUCCACGAGAACUGGAGGCUUUCGCGGAGCGGUUCAAGCAGAGGCGAAUCAAGCUUGGCGUCACCCAAGCGGACGUGGGGGGUGCGCUUGCGAAUCUGAAAAUCCCCGGUGUUGGCUCCCUUAGUCAAAGUACCAUUUGUCGGUUUGAGUCGUUGACUCUGUCACACAAUAACAUGAUUGCGCUAAAACCCAUACUUCAAGCGUGGCUAGAAGAGGCCGAGGGGGCUCAGAGAGAAAAAAUGAGCAAACCGGACAUUUUUAACGGGGGAGAAAAAAAACGCAAGCGGACGUCCAUAGCGGCUCCAGAAAAAAGAUCUUUGGAAGCCUACUUUGCUGUUCAGCCCCGACCAUCUUCAGAGAAGAUAGCAGCUAUUGCAGAAAAACUGGACCUCAAAAAGAACGUGGUGCGAGUAUGGUUCUGCAACCAAAGACAAAAACAAAAGCGGUUGAAGUUUUCUGCGGCGCAUUAAUUGACCGAAAUAGUAGCUACUUUUGUUUGACUGCAUUUAGGGACCAAGGAAGACACACAAAUCAUCGUUUUAGUCUUCUUCUUUUACUGAAGGCUUUUUAAAAAACGGUGUGGUGGCGAUGAAAUAACUGGUUUCAUGAAGCUUCAUAUUUCUCUCAUUAAUUUAUUUUCACGUUAUUGGUGAAUGUAAGUAUGCAAAUAACAGGUAAUCCAGAUUAUCGUUUUUCUCUGUUGGUUAGUUUACAAAAUAUGUCCCCAAUAUUUCCUUUUUGAAACACAUUGCAUAAUGUGGUUCAAGUUGAGGAUGCUCUUAGCGAUGUUGUUUUUAACCAUAUUUAUUUCAAGUAACAAUAGCCAACCAAGGGUUACCUCAUUGUUUAUAAUUCUCUUGAGGGUGUUUGUCUAUUUUGAAUUGUGGUCACUGCUGUGUUUCUAACAUUUUAGAGAUUUGUCAGCUGCUGAUCCCAGCUAAGUUGUACACGAAUGUUUUAUUCGUAGCCCAGUGUUCCAAAGGUCUGCAUGAUUUGAAUACAGAAAGACAGGAAAGUACCGUAUUAGUGUGACAUAAAGUUAGUUGUCGCCACAGAUUUUAAUUUUGAAUUUGCACUAAAACCUACAGUCAUUUAGAUUACUUUGAUUAGAUAUGGUUGAAAUGGUUUUGUAUAUAUACAAAUGACACUUGCUCAGAGCUCAGAAGUUGAAUUCUAAGUUUUCAAAAUCGAAAUAUUUUAUUUAAGGUAUUGGCUUUACCAGUGAAAAUGUAUUAAUGUUAGAAUUUAAGCUCGCAUGAUUCAGAUGGUAUACAUACUAACAAACAAAAGAAAAAAAAAGAAAAAAGAAUUCGGACUAAAUGAUAUUUUCUUUCUUUUGUAUACUACGGUUUGCAGUGCAAACAUUCUAUGCAUUAAAAAUAUAUCAGCACUACGUAGAGUAUCUACUGGUAGACCUUUGUGGAUGGUGUAACUCACAGUUUACUGCCUGUUUUCACAUAAAAACACAACGUUGUUUGUCGUGUUAAUUGUAAAAAAAGAAAAGAAAAAGAAAAAAAAAGUCGUGUGAGUAAUUUUAUUUUGUGCACAAGUAUGUUUACAAACUCCAGUCACGUGUGCAUCAUGAAGCUGUCUCAUCUCUGUCCCACUGGCUGUCCGCUGAGCUUCUUUCUUUGUUGUUGUCAUUAUUUAUUUAUUUAUUUAUUUAUUUACUAACUUAUUUAUUUAUUUAUUGUUUAUUAUGUUUGUUUUAUUUGUUUAUACUGAAUUAUGUCUGUAAGCCAAACCCAAGAACAGGGAGAUGUGUCCCAACAAUCUUGCAAAUAAACGAGACAAAAAUAAA